AUGAACUUGAACCUGGAGAGCCGUUAUCAAGAUUCCGACACGCAUGAGGAUCAUCUCUGCGCGAUGACAUCUGUGGUCUCAUGUGAUACUGAGAGUAUCAAUCUGACUGGGAGUUACGGUAUCUUUGGAAUGUUUGAUUAUCUUGAAAUCAUCAAUGUAAAUAGUAUCGUCAUCAUCAUCAGAGAGACCAAACAAAACCCGAAUGUGCGCCAGAUAUGA